AUGGACCCCGAGAAACAAACUCCACCUUCCUCCCAAAUCCCGCUCUCCGCCCCCGCCCACACCCUCUCCGACAUCACCGUCCUGCACGAGCUUACCGUCAACCCGGAAGACGGUCUCAGCAUUCAGGAAGCCCAAAGCCGACUACAGAAAUGGGGGACCAACGAGCUCGAAGGUGACGAGGGCAUCUCCCUCGCAAAGAUUAUCAUCCGCCAGAUCGCCAACGCCAUGAUGCUGGUUCUCAUUAUCGCCAUGGCCGUCAGCUUCGGCAUCCAAUCCUGGAUCGAAGGCGGGGUGAUUAGUGCCGUGAUCGGGCUGAACAUCGUCGUAGGCGUAUACCAAGACUACGCAGCCGAAAAGACCAUGGACUCGUUACGGGGCCUCAGUUCACCGACCGGAGUCGUGACCCGCGACGGCAAGACGGGUACCAUUCCGGCCAUCGAGAUUGUCGUGGGCGAUAUGGUGGACCUGAAAGUAGGAGACACAGUUCCGGCUGAUCUACGACUAGUCGAAACCAUGAAUUUUGAAACCGACGAAGCCCUCCUCACCGGCGAAUCCCUCCCCGUAGCUAAAUCCUCCUCCGCUACCUUUCCCGCUGCCACGGGCCCUGGCGACCGUCUCAAUAUCGCCUACAGCUCUUCGACCGUCACCCGGGGCCGCGCGCGCGGUGUGGUGAUUGGCACCGGUAUGGGAACGGAAAUUGGGGCCAUCGCGGCGGCUCUUCGCGCCAAGGACCAUCAGCAUCGCCGGCCUGUGCGACGAGGACCUGGUGGCGAGACCAAGAAGCGGUGGUAUGUGGCGGCGUGGACGUUGACGUGCACGGAUGCCGUCGGCCGGUUCCUUGGAAUCAAUGUGGGGACACCGCUGCAACGGAAACUGAGCAAGUUGGCGUUGUUGCUGUUUGGGAUUGCGGUCGUGUUUGCCGUCAUCGUCAUGGGCGCCAACGGGAUGCGCAAUGAUAAGGAGGUCAUUAUCUAUGCGGUCGCCACGGGAUUGGCCAUGAUCCCGGCUUGUCUGGUGGUCGUGUUGACGGUGACCAUGGCCGUGGGCACGAAGCAGAUGGUGCACAGGAACGUGAUUGUACGCAAGUUGGAUUCCUUGGAGGCCUUGGGCGCCGUCACCAACAUCUGUUCGGAUAAGACGGGCACUCUGACGCAAGGACGCAUGGUCGCCAAGAAGGCCUGGGUGCCUGCAUUAGGUACCGUGUCGGUGGGCGUGUCCAAGGAUCCCUUGGAUCCAAACGAGGGCGAGUUGAGGGUUCGUGAUGCCAUGCCUGGGGAGAGCGAUGAGGGGGGUGUUGCCGUGCCGCGGGACUUGGUGGCAGACAAUGCCGUGCUGCAGCGGUAUCUGGAUGUCGCGGCCAUGGCUAAUCUGGCGCAUGUGCAUCGGUCCGAAGAGAACGGCCGGUGGCAGGCGCGUGGCGAGCCCACCGACAUUGCCAUUCAGGUGUUUGCGGCGCGCUUCGACUGGGGCCGCGACCGGUGGACCAAGGGCGAGAAGCCUGUCUGGAGCCAGCAGGCGGAAUAUCCGUUCGACUCGACGGUCAAGAAGAUGUCGGUCAUCUUCCGCCGCGGCGACGACGAACAGGAUGUCAUCUUCACCAAGGGCGCCGUGGAGCGCGUCCUCGACGCCUGCUCGUCCGUCAUCUGGACCGCCGACUCAGCUCCUGUGUCCUUGUCCGAUGAUAUGCGCGAUACCAUCCUGCAGAACAUGGAAGCCCUGGCGCGCGAAGGAUUGCGCGUGCUCGCCCUCGCCAGUCGGACCAGCUCCUUUGCAUUCACCGACAUCCCACCCCGCGACUCCAUCGAGAAGGACCUCACCUUCGCCGGGCUGAUCGGGCUCUACGACCCGCCUCGCCCAGAGACCGCAGGGGCCAUUGAAGAGUGCCACCGCGCGGGGAUCUCGGUGCAUAUGGUGACAGGCGACCACCCUGGUACGGCGCGCGCCAUUGCCGCCCAAGUGGGCAUCAUCCCGUCGAACAUGCAGCAUUUGGCCCGCGACGUAUCGGACAGUCUGGUCAUGACAGCCAGCCAAUUCGACGCCUUGACCGAGGCGGAAAUUGAUGCCCUCCCCACACUUCCCGCCGUGAUUGCUCGCUGUGCUCCACACACUAAGGUACGGAUGAUCGAUGCGCUGCACCGUCGCGGCCGCUACGCCGCGAUGACAGGGGACGGAGUGAAUGACUCGCCGUCGUUGAAGCGCGCAGACGUGGGCAUCGCAAUGGGACAAUCCGGCAGUGACGUGGCCAAGGAUGCAUCAGAGCUGGUCCUGACUGACGACAACUUUGCGAGCAUUAUCAACGGUAUUGAAGAGGGUCGACGCAUUUUUGAUAACAUCCAGAAGUUCGUGCUGCAUUUACUGGCAGAGAACGUGGGUCUGGCAUUGACCCUACUCAUUGGCCUGGUCUUCAAGGACGAGAACGGCCAGAGUGUGUUUCCAAUCGCACCGGUUGAAAUUCUCUGGAUUAUCAUGAUCACCUCCGGACUGCCAGAUAUCGGACUAGGGAUGGAGAAAGCCGCGAGUGAUGUGAUGGAUCGGCCACCGCAGAAUAAAAACGGUAUCUUCACCCCCGAAAUCAUCCUCGACACGCUCAUCUACGGCCUCUGGAUGGCAACCCUCAGUCUCAGCGCCUUCGCCCUGGUCCUUUUCGCCUGGGGCAACGGCGACCUCGCCACAGAAUGCAACAGCAGUUACUCGUCCGCCUGCGACACCGUCUUCCGCGCCCGCGCCACCACCUUCGUCUGCAUGACCUGGUUUGCCCUCCUCCUUGCCUGGGAAAUGAUGCAUCUCCGAAAGAGUCUAUUCAACAUGCAUGACCACAGCUCAACCUCCUCCUCAACUCCAAACUACAAAACCAAAUUAUUCUACUGGACCAAAGACAUCUACACCAACAUGACCCUCUUCUGGGGCAUCGUGGUAGGAUUCCUCCUCACUUUCCCCGUCCUUUACAUCCCUGUGAUCAAUCACAUCGUGUUCAAACAUACGGGAAUUAGCUGGGAAUGGGGAGUGGUGUUUGUCGAGGCUGGGCUGUUUCUGGGGGGUGUGGAGGGGUGGAAGUUUAUUAAACGGGGGUGGUUUAGACGGAUGCAGUCAAAGACGUCCAAACACGAGAGGGAUACUGGGGAUGAUGAGAAAGACAAAGGUGGAUUUAGUCGGUUCACGACGUUGAGUCGCGAGGAAGGCGUGUUGGUGGGGUUGAAGGGGAGGGAGAUUGUUUAG